AUGCUAGAGGUUCUGGAUGGUGCGCAGAGCAAGCUAUAUAGAGCUGUUAUAUUAUCUUUCAUCGAUCUGUUUCAGCAGCCCCCAACAAAAGUUCCUUGCCUUUAUCUGCAUUUUGUUCAACUGAGGUCUCGUCUAUCAAAUCCCCACUGCCGACUUUCCACUGCCGACUUUUCCUCUCAAGUAGAACAUCUUGCCGAAACACUUUCCCGGAUGCUCGUAAAAUUUUAUCCCCUCGCCGGCCGGUUAAUGACUAGUCCUGUUGAUGGAGGAGUUUACAUCCUCUGCAAUGACGCAGGCGUAGAUUUCGUCGAAGCCACCGCAGGCGACCUCAGCGUUGCAGAUCUCACCACACAAGACAUUACGCCAGCUAUAACUCAGCUGAAAGACAGAGUGGCCAUGUGUUGCAUGGUCAACCACGCAGUAGUCGACGUGACUUCCUUCUGGCAUUUCUUCAACUCAUGGGCCCACCUCUGUAGAACAAACGACACUGAAAUCCCCAUUAAUCCCAUCCAUGAUCGUCGUCUGCUAGACUUUGGCACUAUGCGGUCACUCGUAGUGGUCACACGGGCUCGUGGGCUCAGCCCGGAGGAGCCCACGGUUUUUAUUGUGGUCAUUAAUUGUCGUCAUACGGACGAAGCUAUCAGGGAAAAGAUUGAUAAGUGGCGUAAGGAGCCCGUUAUGGCUGCAUUUGAUAUUCUUCCGAAAAACUGUUUGUUGUUGGGGAGCUCUCCGCAGUUCGCGAUAUAUGAGAAUGAUUUUGGGUGGGGACGACCUGUAGGAAUUGCGAGUGGAGGGAACAAAGAGUUUGAUGGGAUGGUGUCUGCUCAUCCCAGUAGAGAAGGUGACGGAGGUGUGGAUUUAGAGAUUUGCCUUCCUCCACCCAUCAUGAGCGCUUUUGCUUUUGGAAACUGA